AUGGUGGAGUUUCGAGCUGCUCGUGUUCUUCGCCGGACUCGAAUCGAACGCGGCCACCGCCAUCGGCGCCAACGCGAUCCAGGUCAACGUGACCAGCUGCAUCUACAUGGUGCACUUUGGGGUUGGCACGGCGGCGCAGAUUCGAGUGGGAAACGCCCUGGGCGCUGGCUUUAUCCACAACACCCGACAAACAGUCCAAAGCGCCGUGGUGCUCGGCGUGUCCAUCGGCCUCGCCUUCGCCGCGCUGCUAGGCAUGCGCUUCCGCUAUUCUUCACGCAAGAUGCAGAUGUGAUCCGACUCACGGCGUUCGUGACAGUCGCCAUCUACCAAGUCGCCGAUGCGCUCAACACGACCUUGCAAGGCGUACUCCGAGGCCUCGGGUUGCAACACAUGGGCACCGUGUUGAAUUUUGUGGCGUAUGUGGUCGUGGGCGUGCCGUUGGGCGUCCUGCUCGACUUCUACGCGGGGUGGGGACUCCUUGGGCUGUGGGUUGGCAUGGCGGUGGUCUUCUCCACGUCGGGGGUGUGCGGCGCCUGGAAGAAGAUUUAG